UCAUUUUCCUUUUGAGUUCUUCGACCCUAAAAUUCCCCUGUGCUAUGAGAAAGCAUGUAUAUACUUGAAGGAGAUGGCCGAACUAAGCAAGUCCUUUUUCGUACUGUCUCUAGGAUUUCUUUUCGCCGUAACGUCGGAUAUCUUCGCCGAAUCGCCGGCCUGUUUGACGGUGUAUAAAGAAGGCGGAGCGCCGGCGGUGUUUCAGUCACCCAAAUGCCCUCGAUGGAAGCUAUUGGAAUAUGUAUCCUCGCCGGGGACGGCCAGGUGUCAGACAGCGAUGCAUCAGGGUCGACGACCUUCACAGGAAGAUCGCACUCUUUGUGCUCUAGACAUCCGAAUUCCGUUUCCUGGUCCUGCAGGACUCUCCGAGUUUAUGAUUGGUAUACUGGCAGUUUUUGAUGGUCAUAAUGGUGUUGAAGCUAGUGAGAUGGCUUCAAGACUUCUUCUAGAAUACUUCAUGUUGCACACUUAUUUUCUUCUUGACACUACAUUCUCUAUUUUAUCCUCGAAGUCUAUAGCAAGGCUACCAGAUAACAGCGAAGGGUAUCAUGCUCUUCAAGGGAUGAAUAUGGGUGAAAAACUGCAAAAUUAUUUAUCAGACUCUGAGAGACAGUCGGCAUUGUUUGUUGAAUCCUUUCACUUGGAAAUUUUGAAGGAAUCAUUAUUAAAGGCAAUAGUUGAUAUUGAUGCAACAUUUUCUAAGGAAGCUUCAAGAGACAAUCUGCACUCGGGUUCUACUGCCACUGUCAUUCUUCUUGCAGAUGGCCAAAUCUUAGUUGCCAACAUUGGGGACUCAAAAGCUCUUUUGUGCUCUGAAAGAUUUCAAUCUCCUGCCGAGGCCAGAGCUUCUCUAAUAAGACUAUACAGGAACAGAAGGCAAAACGGGGUCAUUUCACAUGCAAAAAAUUAUGAUGGAUCAAAAUGGAAAGCAUCUAACGGCUUCACUCAUUUAUUUGCACAUGAGCUGACAAGAGAUCACCAUCCAGAUAGGCAUGAUGAGAGGUCCCGAGUUGAAUCUUCUGGUGGUUAUGUUCUUGACUGGGGUGGUGUGUCAAGAGUUAAUGGUCAACUGGCUGUUUCUCGUUCCAUUGGAGAUAUUUCUUUCAAAAGUUACGGUGUUAUAUCUACACCUGAGGUAUCUGAAUGGAAAACAUUGGCGGCCAAUGACAGCUACCUGGUGGCUGCAUCUGAUGGGAUUUUUGACAAGUUGACACCAGAAGAUGUUUGUGACAUCUCAUGGGAUUUUCAUACUCGUGGCACUUUGGUGUCUAAAUAUUCUUCAGCAUGCUCUUCUUUGGCUGAAUGCAUUGUUAGUACUGCAUUUGAAAGGGGUAGCGUCGAUAACUUGGCUGCUGUUGUAGUUCCACUCAGAUCUUCUGGCUUCUCUUGGAAUUCAUUAAAUGAAUAUGAUGGAGAAGAAGUCAGUACCCUGUCAUUUGGAAUGCAGAGGUUUAUUGACGAUGAGCCAGACAUGGAGCUCGCUCAUCCAUUUUCCGCCAAAUUUGACAGGCUAUUGGUUAAAGGAAAGCAAAGCAGUGUUGGUUGCUUUUAUCUGUCAGAGAAUCUUAGUGAGGAUGUCGACUACUCCUUCUGGGUUCAAAAAGUUGAUCAACAAGUCAUGUAUGAACCUCAACAUGCUUUGUGUCAACCACUUAUUCAACGGCAUGAUGAAUCAAUUAAGGUUCAUGUAGAUCAGAGUACUGGUUUAUGUCUUGGAACACCACUUAAUGGAGGUAAUGGAAAAUGUAUGAAUCCCGAGUUAUUUGCUGGUUUUCUUGGUUUCCUGGAUUCAAUUCCUUUCCUGAAUAGUGGCUCAGAAUAUGGAUCAGCUGGACAUUCAUUACCUGACUCAAGGUACAUACUGAAGAAAAGAUUUGACCGUGGAGCCUUUGGUGAAGUUUGGCUUGCAUAUUACUGGAACUGUAGUGAAGGAAGCAACGUUUCACGUGUAUAUCCAAGAAAACAAAGCAAUUCAUUUAAUAACAUUCAUCUUGGCAUGCAUGAUGGAAAUUUUCACACAAAGUUCAAUGCUUCAGAUUCUAAUUUUAGUAAUGGUGGGGACAAUUUGUUUAUUCUCAAGCGUAUAAUGGUGGAAAGAGGGAGCAACUUUUACUUAAGCGGACUCCGAGAAAAGUAUUUUGGCGAAGUUUUCUUAAAUGCCUCUUCCUCUUUAGGUGGUCAUCUUUCAUCUGGACAAGUAGAGCCCUUGUUUGAAGAACCAGAACAGUUUCUGUUUGACUAUGAAGGAAUAAAUGAUACAGUAGCUCAUCAAACAUUGAAGUGCCAGAAAUUUCAGAAAAUUGUCCGUAACAAAAAUAACCUGCACAAUGUUUCUUAUGAAGAAGGUCUAAAUCAUGUUGCAAGAUAUGUAGAGUCAUUUGAAUCUCAAUCUAAUGAUAUAUGGCUUGUAUUUCAUCAUGAGGGCAUGUCAUUGUCAAAGUUGUUAUACACAGCCAAAGAAGUUGAAAACAAUGGGUCUAUAGAGCAUAUACAGGUUUUGCAGCCAUCAAAGUGGUGGAAUUGGCUGAAGACCACAGAUGAUGGACAAGAGGAAAUGCGCAAUCUUGUGUGGCAGUUGUUAAUGGCUCUCAAGUCUUGUCAUGAUCGCAAUAUCACUCACAGAGAUAUCAAACCCGAGAAUAUGGUAAUCUGCUUUGAAGAUCAGGAAACUGGAAGAUGCAUGAAGGAAAGACAAACUGCGGAGAAGAAGUAUCCAACAAAAUUGCGAAUUAUUGACUUUGGUAGUGCAAUUGAUGAGCAUACAAUGAAGCAUUUGUAUGGCUCAGCUGGACCAUCGAGAGCUGAACAAACGUAUGAUUAUACGCCUCCAGAAGCUCUUCUAAAUGCUAGUUGGCACCAGGGACCAGCAGAUAAUAAUGUAAAGUAUGAUAUGUGGAGUGUUGGUGUUGUGAUGUUAGAGAUGAUUUUGGGCACGCCGGAUGUAUUUCAGAUUAGUGCAGUUUCACUUGCUCUCUUGGACCAGCAUCUUGAAGGUUGGAGUGAAGGCCUAAAGGAACUAGCCCACAAGCUUCGAUCUUUCAUGGAAUUGUGCAUCUUAGUUCCUGGAAGUUCUGCGAAAAGCUAUCACAGUCAGGGUGCAACAGGACAUACUUCAAAUUCACCCGCUUCAUGGAAAUGCUCAGAGGAGUACUUCUCACUGAAAAUAAGAAGUAGAGAUCCCCUUGGAAUCGGGUUUCCAGAUACAAUGGCUCUACGAUUAGUCCGUCAACUGUUAGUUUGGGACCCUGAGGAUAGAUUAAGUGUUGAUGAUGCUCUGAAACAUCCCUACUUUCAUCCUCUUCUGCAAAAGACGACCUAAUUGAACACUACCCUUUGGUUCUUCUCACAUUUUGAAUGUGUAAAGUAGAUUACCAAGGGGAGACAGAGAGCUAGAAAGAAAACAACCUCCCCAUGUAUAAAACAAAAAUCCCCAUGUAUUAAUCUAUGGAACGUCUUAAAAACUGUUUUUCAAUUGUAUUUUUUUUUUUUUAAUAAUAAUCAUCCUUGUAUAUGAUGUACUUGUAAAUAAUAGCAUGUUGAUUCA